AUUAGCCCCAAUGUGGAUAUUGGUCAAGUGGAAGGCGCCUUCGUUAUGGGACUUGGACUUUGGCUCUCGGAAGAAUUGCGUUUCAAUCCAACAAGUGGCAGGCUUUUGACCCGAGAUUCUUGGGAGUACAAGCCACCUGCUAGCCAAGACAUUCCUGAGGUAUUCAACACCUACCUCUACAACAGUAAUGACAAUCCUUUCGGGGUUUUGGGUUCCAAAGCUACUGGAGAACCUCCUCUUCUAAUGGCGAUGUCCGCAUUUUUGGCUCUCAGGGAUGCCAUAACCGAUUGUCGCGUUAGCCUCGGAAUGGAACGCAAGGAUUGGUUUCAAUUUGAUGGACCUGGAACAAAUGAACGGGUAAUUGCCAGUAGUGGAAUUACCUCGGAUUAUUUCAAACUGUACUAGUCGGAACUGUAAUCCAACGGAAAAUUGUCUUUCUAGCUUUUUGCAAACAAUAUGUCCUUAACACAUUUAAUAUUUUUGUACUUUAAUUUUCUAGCUUUAUUUUUCCAAAUAAAUCAUGUUUAUUAAUAUUUAAA